AUGGCUGAUCAUUACCAGCGCGAGAGGUCUCGCUCCCCUCGCCGCCGUUCUUCUCGCAGUCCUCCCCGUCGCGCCCGUCGCUCGUACUCCCCACGCAGCCGCUCCCGCAGCCGUGACCGUGGUGACCGUGGUGAUCGCGUUGAUCGCAUUGAACCCCGUGAACGUGACGAAUACCGUCGCCCCGACCAUCGCUCGCGAUCCCCUGUGAGUGCUUCAGGCGCUGCCGGACCCUCCGCCUCUCCCUACGGUGGACGCAGUGGAUACCCUCCAGCUCGAUCCGAGGAACGCACCGUCGCAAAGGAAAAUAUGAUGCAAAACGUCCGCGACACAUCCCAACAAGACCGCCGGGUCUACGUCGGCAACCUAUCCUACGAUGUCAAGUGGCAUCACCUUAAAGAUUUCAUGAGACAGGGUGAGCAGGGCGCUUUGGAGGUGCAGUGGGUGGUGAUUGUGGAAUACGCCACCAGAGACCAAGCACAAAACGCCGUCAACACACUCAGCAACCAGAACCUGAUGGGCCGCCUGGUUUACGUUCGUGAGGACCGUGAAGCCGAACCCCGUUUCGUCGGUGGACCUCCCCGUGGAGACUUCGGCCCCGGUGCCCGAGGCGGUUUCGGGGGUGGCUUCGGUGGCCACCCUGGUGCCGCUGGUCGCCAGAUUUACGUCUCCAAUCUUCCUUUCAACGUUGGCUGGCAAGACCUGAAGGACCUGUUCCGCCAAGCUGCCCAGCAAGGCGCCGUCAUUCGUGCUGACGUGCACACCGACGCCACUGGACGCCCCAAGGGCUCUGGUAUCGUUGCUUUCGAGUCCCCGGAUGAUGCCCGGAACGCUAUUGCGCAGUUCAACGGCUAUGAUUGGCAGGGUCGUCCCCUGGAAGUCCGCGAGGAUCGAUUCGCUGGUGGUGGUGGUGGUGGCUUUGGCGGCCCCGGCGGCGGCCGUGGUGGCUUCGGCGGUCCCAUGGGAGGCCGCGGCGGCUUCGGUGGACCCAUGGGAGGUCGUGGUGGAUUUGCCGGCCGUGGUGGCUUCGGUGGUGGUUUCGGCGGUCGCGGUGGAUUUGGUGGCCCUGGUGGAUAUCCCGGUGGUGGGUUCGACCAAGGUCCUCCCGUUCCUGCCGGUCCGCCAAACCCCUUCACGGACUUUGCGACUUCCAAUGGCGACAAGAGUGCCGUGAUCUACGUCCGCAAUCUCCCUUGGUCCACAUGUAACGAUGACUUGGUUGAUCUGUUCGCUACCAUCGGCAAAGUUGAGCGCGCGGAGAUUCAGUAUGAGCCCAACGGCCGUUCCCGCGGCACCGGUGUCGUUCAGUUUGACGCCGCCGAUACCGCUGACACCGCUAUUUGUAAGUUGAUCAGAUCUUCUCCCCCACAAAGCUCUCAUUCCACCAAGCCCCACACUAACCAUCCCACAGCCAAGUUCAGCGGUUACCAGUACGGUGGCCGUCCUCUCGGCAUCACUUUCGUCAAAUACAUGAAUGCCGGCGCCCCUCACCACAACGACAUCAUGAUGGACGGUCAAGAGCCCACUGGUCUGACCCAGGACCAAAUCAUGUAA